UGUCGGGGCAACAUCGUGUUCUGCAGCGGUUGCAACCAUGGCUCGAAAUGCAGAAAAGGCUAUGACUGCUUUGGCAAGGUUUCGCCAAGCUCAGCUAGAAGAAGGAAAACUUAAGGAACGAAGACCUUUUCUUGCAUCAGAAUGUAAUGAAUUGCCCAAAGCUGAGAAAUGGAGAAGACAGAUUAUUGGUGAAAUUUCUAAGAAAGUGGCCCAAAUUCAAAAUGCUGGUUUAGGUGAAUUCAGAAUUCGUGAUUUGAAUGAUGAAAUUAACAAACUCCUAAGAGAGAAGGGGCAUUGGGAGGUCCGAAUAAAGGAGCUGGGAGGACCUGAUUAUGCAAGAAUUGGCCCUAAAAUGCUUGACCAUGAAGGAAAAGAGGUUCCAGGAAACAGAGGUUAUAAAUACUUUGGAGCAGCUAAAGACCUACCCGGUGUUCGAGAGCUUUUUGAAAAAGAACCCCUUCCUCCACCACGGAAAACUCGAGCUGAACUCAUGAAAGCUAUUGAUGCAGAAUACUACGGCUACAGAGAUGAGGAUGAUGGUGUCCUGGAACCGCUGGAACAGGAACAUGAAAAAAAAGUUAUUGCAGAAGCAGUGGAAAGGUGGAAGGUAGAGAGAGAAGCGCAUCUUGCAAGAGGUGACAAGGAAGAGGAGGAGGAGGAGGAAAACAUCUAUGCAGUAAAUGACAAUGAGUCUGAUGAAGAAAAUGGAAUGAAAACAGACAGUGAGGAUAGUCAGCAGAAGUUUAUUGCUCAUGUCCCAGUACCAUCACAACAGGAGAUUGAAGAAGCUCUUGUCCGAAGAAAGAAGAUGGAACUUCUUCAGAAAUAUGCCAGUGAAGCUCUUCUGGCUCAAAGUGAAGAGGCUAAAAAACUUCUAGGAUUAUAGUAAUUGCCCCUUCUACUUUUUAUAAUCUAAUUUGAUUCUAUAGAAUCAGUAUCUUCUUGAUUCUAUAGAAGUAAGACUUUGCGAGUUCUAGAAUGAAGAUGGUCAUUUUUUCCAAAAUACAUUUUAUUACACAUUUUUCACUCUAUCCUAAUUUAUGAGAGAGUAUUCAUUUUCAGUUUCCACCUUCAAUCACUAAAUAGCUAGCUUGUUUUGAAUUUAUCUUUGUCCACUUAUUUUCCUUUUUUUAUUUUACCUUAGUAAUAACUGUUAAAUUAGAAAGUAACAUUUUGUAUAUUUUUGUACUUUUGUAUGUUUUGUAUAUUUUUGUACUUUUGUACAAAAGUGUACAAAAGUGAUUUUGUAUCACUUCAGUAGAAUGUUGAGUAGGUUUUAGAAGAUUUAUUAUAUUUAAUUUUGUUUAUCAUGUGUGAAUUUGUAAUUGUCAAACAUUUCUACAUCUGUGGAACAGUAUUUAAUUUAGAGUUUUCAAGAACUGAAAUGUUCAAUAUUGUUAAUAUGGAACUACGUAUUAUGCUACUGGAAAAAACACUCACUUGGCUGGGUUUUUGAAAUGCUGAAUAUUUCAGCAAAUAAAAUUGUAAAUACUUUUUAUAAAAAUCUCUCCUUUUUUAGUAAAAUUUAUGUAGAUUUGUUUAUUGCUUUUGUUAAAAACACAAAAAUUCCUCAGCUAUGAAUAUAAUAAUUUAUAAAUAUUAUGAAUUCUAGAAACAUGAGUAUCAACAAGAUGAUUAACAAAAAAAAACCUCAAACACUAUGUAAAAUUUUGUGUGUGUGUGUGUGUGUGUGUGUGUGUGUGUAAAAAAAAUUUUUUCCCAGGAACAUUUUGGAGGUUUAUGAAUGUUUUUAUCAUAGGCUUUUUACAAUUAUACUUAAAUACAUUAUAUUAUUAUAUAAUUAGUCCAAGUUAUACAGCAACAUGGACUUUCUAUAAUGUAACCCAUUUUUCUACUACCAAAUUAACAAGUGUGGAUGCUAAUAU